GGCCGGGCGCGGGGGGUGGCGCGGCGCGGCCGGGGCGCGGGGUGCCCGCCUGGCCCGGGCCCCGCCGCCCUCCCUCGGCCCGGCCCCGGGGGAAGGGCGGAGGAAGGAGCGGGGAUGGGGGGGCAGCGCCUCACCGCGAUGCGGCCGCUUUAAAAAAAUUUGGACGCCGGCAGCGGACGGGUUAAAUUUUUCGCCCGCCGACAUUUUUUUUUUCCCUUUUCCCUCCUUUCCCCCCCCAUUCCUCCCCCCACCCCCGUGCUCCUCUCCCUCCCCAUUACGGAGUGUCGGUGUAGGGGGGGGUGCUGCUCCCAACAUCCCACCGGCCGUCCCCGCCAGCGAGGGGUGAACCCCGCCCCGGCGACACCGUACCUGCACGUGGGGACACGGGGGACACCGCGGUCGGACACCCGCGGGCUCCGUCCCCGCCGCAGCCCGGGAAGGGGCCGCUGCCACCGCCGCUCCGAGCGCAGCUUCUUCCUCCUCGACCUCUUCCCCCGCCGCCGCUUCUCCGGCUGCACAAAGAGCGGCGGCGAAGGCCCCGGGUUUGCCUCUAAAGGCAGCGGCUGGAAAUUUAAGGUGUCCCGGAGCCAUGUCUGCCCGCAGCGCUCCCCGCCGCAUUCCCCGGAUCGAUGGUGGUUGCAGCGCCUCGCCUCGCGUGUCUCGGGCGGUCGGGCUGGCGGUGGGUGCGCUGGGGUUUCUUUGGGACUGAUCAGCAGAGAAACUGAUCCCGUUGCUCUGGGGUGGGAGAGGCCGGCAGUCUGUGGGAGAACCAUGUCUGUUCGGGAGUCCUUCAACCCCGAAAGUUACGAACUGGACAAGAGCUUCCGUCUGACCCGAUUCACUGAACUGAAGGGCACGGGCUGCAAAGUGCCGCAGGAUGUCUUACAGAAACUGCUUGAAUCUCUACAAGAAAACCAUUUUCAGGAAGAUGAACAGUUCUUGGGGGCAGUUAUGCCCAGGUUGGGAAUUGGGAUGGACACUUGUGUUAUUCCAUUAAGACAUGGAGGUUUGUCAUUAGUCCAGACGACAGAUUAUAUUUAUCCUAUUGUGGAUGACCCUUAUAUGAUGGGACGAAUAGCGUGUGCCAAUGUCCUAAGUGACCUUUAUGCCAUGGGGGUCACAGAAUGCGACAACAUGUUGAUGCUCCUUGGAAUCAGCAAUAAAAUGACAGAUAGGGAAAGAGACAAAGUGAUGCCUCUAAUUAUCCAGGGUUUCAAAGAUGCAGCAGAAGAGGCAGGAACAUCUGUUACUGGUGGCCAAACAGUGUUAAAUCCCUGGAUUGUUUUAGGAGGAGUGGCCACGACAGUCUGUCAGCCUAAUGAAUUUAUAAUGCCAGACAAUGCAGUGCCAGGAGAUGUGCUUGUAUUAACUAAACCCUUGGGAACACAAGUGGCUGUAGCUGUCCACCAGUGGCUAGAUAUUCCUGAAAAGUGGAAUAAAAUCAAACUUGUGGUAACGCAGGAAGAUGUAGAGCUAGCAUAUCAGGAGGCAAUGAUGAAUAUGGCACGGCUGAACAGGACAGCUGCUGGACUCAUGCACACGUUCAAUGCACAUGCAGCUACAGACAUCACAGGAUUUGGGAUCCUGGGCCAUGCACAGAACCUUGCCAAGCAGCAGCGGAACGAGGUGUCCUUUGUCAUCCACAACCUCCCUGUCCUGGCCAAGAUGGCUGCUGUCAGUAAGGCCUGUGGCAACAUGUUUGGCCUCAUGCACGGGACCUGCCCAGAGACUUCAGGAGGCCUCCUCAUCUGCUUACCACGGGAGCAGGCAGCGCGUUUCUGCGCCGAGAUCAAGUCCCCGAAAUACGGCGAAGGCCACCAGGCGUGGAUCAUUGGCAUUGUGGAGAAGGGCAACCGCACGGCCAGGAUUAUAGACAAACCCCGGAUCAUUGAAGUGGCACCACAGGUGGCCACUCAGAACGUGAACCCCACGCCCGGUGCCACCUCUUAAUAGAGAUGAAAUAGCUGUUUGUUUUUGAAUAGAUCUAUUCCCUUAUCAUCCUACAAUUUAAAGAACUGUAAAAAGAAAAGAAAACUUGUUGUGUCUGCACAUCUGGUGGCCUUAGGUCAGUUUAUGAGUGGAUACAAAUAAUAAAAUCCAUUGCCUUUUUUUCCUGUUACAUUAACUGAAGAUGCACCUAAUCUUGAGGCAGCUUCUGAGUUGAGAAUUAUAUUGUUAUCCAAUACUGUUGAUUCAUUUUGAAUCUUUAGACACUUAUCUCUUGCCGCAUAGGCUCUUUUUAAAGGUGCUUUCACGUAGCACAGACAUUACCAGUAGUAGUGUCGAAUAGCAGUUUGUGUCCUUUCAUUAUGUGUAUAUUUAUCAUGAAUCUAAUUUUGAUGCCUUGAGUGAUAUUCCAGAAAGGCAAUAAAUUGACAAGAGACACAGUGGGUUACCCAGUAGUAAGAGGUUGCAUGAUUGCAUUCAAUCUUCGAUUUAAAAAAAAAAUAUAUUUUAUUUUAUUUUCUAAAUUUUUUGGUAAAGUUAAGUCUUACCAGAAGCAUCUACGACCCUGGACAUUGCUUGGUAGUGCACACAGUUUAAACAGCAAGUGCUGACUUUUUGCAUGGAAAGCGCUUCAGAGUCGAAGGAGUCAUUUUGAAUUUCAUUAUUUGUAGACCUGACAAUAUUUACUGUAUUAUCAAUGAUUGUUUUCUUUAUUGAUAGUAAGGACAAAUAAAUCUUUUUUUUUUUUUGCAACGUGAUUGGAUGUGCUAUAGUGCAACAAAGGUUUUGCAGACCAAAAGGAGGUUACUGUAUAAUAUUCAUUUACAAUUCACUAUAUAAAUAACUACACAAAUAAUUUUUAAAUAUAAUCAAACUAAAAUAAACCUCUGUUCUGUGGA